CCUCGUGGCUGACAGUGUCCCUGUCCCCCAGGAUGGACCGCAUGACGGAGGACGCGCUGCGCCUGAACCUGCUCAAGCGCAGCCUGGAGCCGGCGGAGGAGCGCGAGGACGUGCUGGCCAAGCGGCUCAAGAUGGAGGGGCACGAGGCCAUGGAGAGGCUCAAGAUGCUGGCCCUGCUCAAGCGCAAGGACCUGGCGGGGCUGGAGGUGCCCCACGAGCUCCCGGUGAAGCCGGACGGCAUCAAGGGCUACGAGGAGAAGCUCAACGGGAGCCUGCGGCCCCACGGCGACGGGCGGAGCGCGGCCCGGCCCGGCAAGGAGAACAUCAACGACGAGCCCGUGGAUAUGAGCGCCAGGAGGAGUGACCAGGACCGGGGCCGCCUGACCCCGUCCCCCGACAUCAUCGUCCUGUCGGACAACGAGGCCUCCAGCCCCCGCUCCAGCUCCCGCAUGGAGGAGCGGCUCAAGGCGGCCAACCUGGAGAUGUUCAAGGGGAAAAGCCUGGAGGAGAGGCAGCAGCUGAUCAAGCAGCUGCGGGACGAGCUGCGGCUGGAGGAGGCGCGGCUGGUGCUGCUGAAGAAGCUGCGGCAGAGCCAGCUCCAGAAGGAGAACGUGGUGCAGAAGACCCCCGUGGUCCAGAACGCCGCGUCCAUCGUGCAGCCGUCCCCUGCCCACGUGGGACAGCAGGGCCUGUCCAAAAUCCCCUCCCGGCCCGGAGCCCAGGGGGUGGAGCCGCAGAAUUUAAGGACAUUACAGGGUCACAGCGUGAUCCGCUCGGCCGCCAGCUCGGCGCUGCCCCACAUGCUCAUGUCCCAGCGGGUGAUCGCCCCCAGCCCGGCCCAGCUGCAGGGCCAGCGUGGGCCCCAGAAACCCGGCCUGGUGCGCAGCUCCACGCCCGGCAUGAGCCCUGCCAUCAACUACCAGCCGCAGUCGGGCUCCUCGGUGCCGUGCCAGCGCUCCUCCUCCUCCGCCAUCUACAUGAACCUCGAGAUCGAGCAGCGGCUGCAGCAGCAGGCUGCCCUGUCCCCCACGGCCGCCCCCGCCGUGCCCAGCGUCGGAACCAACUUCGCCCAGGCCCCGCAGCUCUCCGUGGCCGGGGGGCUCCUGGGAAUGCCAGGGGUGAACAUCGCCUACCUGAACGCCGGCAUCGGGGGCCACAAAGCGUCGAGCCUGGCGGACCGGCAGCGGGAAUAUCUGCUGGAUAUGAUCCCGCCCCGCUCCAUAUCCCAAUCCAUCAGCGGGCAGAAAUAGCCCCGGCCCCGCCGCCCCUUCCCCGAG